AAGACAGUUGUCACAUCAAAUGAGAAAAAUUAUCGAUAUGUUUUCUAAUUUCUCUGUGGAUGUGUUUCCAUUUGAGGAGCCGAUUAGCGAGUUGACACUGUCGUUUCGCAUUACUGCCACCACGAUGCAUUCAGCGAUUUUUUUACUGGGUGUGACCGGGAAUGCCCUGCUUAUCGUGGUGGCAUAUAAAUCGAAGUUUCUCAAGCAGCCUAUGUAUACCUAUUUGGUGUCAAUGGCCUAUGCCGAUCUGUUGGUCUGUUUAACGGCCAUUCCGGAAGCCAUUGUGUCGUACCAUUUUGGAAAUCAAUGGUUUCUUGGCCAAGUGGGCUGUUCCCUAUUCGUCUUUCUCAAUUUCUUUGGAAUUGAUGCCGGGGUCGCCAGCAUGUCCAUGAUGACGUUUGAGCGCUACAUCGCCAUUUGCCGUCCAUUGUUAGCCCGCAAAGUGUGCACCGGGAAGCGCACGCGCAGGAUCAUCAUCUCCUUAUGGGUCGCAGCCGCCGUUUACUGCUCACCGUGGCUUGGUCUGACCGAAGUGAAAACUAUUGAAGGCACAGAUCGAGAAAUCUGCGAUUUUCGCUUAACGCAAGCUUACUACACGUUCAUCUUUGGGGCGGAUUUGUUGUUAUUUUAUUUUGUUCCGCUGUCGGCGGCCGUUGUGAUCUUCCUAAAGAUCGACAAGUCGCUACGGAAGCGUGAAGCUGCGAUUGGAGUGUCUGUCUGCACAGCGGAAGAUUGGAAAUUUUCAAGGGAGUCGACAAUGCGGUAUAAGGAUGAGCAAGCUUCCACGAAGCCCCUUCUGCCUGCUAUAAUUUACGCCUUCGACCGCAAUGCUGGCCACUACACCGUCCCUAGGACCGAAUCAACCUUGACUAUGCAGUCUUUGCGCAUCGCAAUCAGGGCACGUAUACAAGUUGAGCGCAUGCUUUUUGCGACUGUAUUGGUAUUUGCCAUUGCCUGGCUCCCAUUCCGUGGGUUGCUCCUGUACAACGCUUUUGCGACCACGCCCUGGCUCGACGAAUGGUACUCCUUGUUCGCCAAGACACUCAUUUAUCUCAACUCGGCGAACGCGAGUAACCCAAAAAAACAGCAAAAGAUCAAUUUUGUUUCCACAUGACUUAUCUGGCAGGAAAGCUUACGUACCAAAGACUUAUGAAGUUCAGCUGAAUGGUUUCCGC